AUGGCGAAAGAUUCGGGAUUUUCCAUAUUACCUUCGAUACAAGAGGGAUCGCGGAAACCGAAGUCUGAUAUUACAAAUUUGAUUUCUGCCUUUGAUGUUGGAACUGAGGAGUAUCGGUUGGUGCCCCAGCCAGAAUAUGCGGAUAAAAAUUUUCAUAUGAAUGUGGAGGUAUUGGGAGGAUGCUUGUGUUUGCUUUGCAAUUAUUAUCCACACCAUAUUGAUGUAUGGGUGAUGAAGGAUUAUGGGGUGAAGGAAUCUUUCGAGUUUUUUAGGUCGAUUGCAUAUUCAUAG